CGGAGUGCUAUCUCGCUUUCUCGUUUUCGUAGCCGGUCUCUCUCUGGGAGGUAGGUACGCGGUAGGUGCUCCCACUCUGAUACACCUCGCGGCAGACUCGGUCGAACGGAUCGUACGCGUUACACGAACGCGCGGCCAUCGACGUACAUUUCGACGACGCGUGUACGCUCGUACAUAGACGCACACGUACGUGAUACGGGUGGAAACGCACACGCACGGUACGCCACGGGCAGGCAUUUGCACGGCCAGCCGAAGCAGCUAGACUGGCAGAAAAUCGGCCGACCGUACCGCUCUUUACCAAACUCGAUACACCCGAUCGAUUCUUCCUAAGGAAAAUCCUUCUAUCGAGCCUGCGUAAGUUUCGUUACGUUUUCUCGUUAGACGACGCUUUGAAACUGGCCGCGGCGGGAACGUAAAAUCAAUUGAAACGGUUCGUUCGGUGGACCGCGGGAAUUACGAAGAUUCGACACGAACCGGACGAAACGCGUUCUAAUUGAACGUAAGAGCGACUCGCGAACAUAAUUAACAUAAUGUCAUUGGGAGAGAUUCGACUGGAGCGCAAGGAAAGAAGGAACGUCGAAUCUUCUUUUUCAUUUUAUUCAUUUUAUUCAUUUUACGGAGGAUCGAUUUGUCUAUUCCGAUCGAAGAGAAAGCCAUUUAAAUCGAUUAGUCCCGAAGCGAACGUUUGGAGAAAGGAAGGAGACGGAAAGUCGGAAAGAUUUUUGGGAGUAAAGGUAAAAAGAGCGUAGGUAUAAUCUUUGUGGUCGUGGUCGUGGUCGUGGUCGUGAUCGUCGUCACUGGGACCGUCGUUGCUAGGAUCGCCGCCGUCGCCGUCGUCGCCGCGACCGGCGGGAGGCUCCGAAACCGAAGCUAACCGAGAGAGGUCGGAAACGCACGAACCUCGGCGGCUCGAGGAACCGAACCAGCGACACUGGCAAGCAGUGCGGUGCCGACUCUUGCUGCCGCGGUUCCACCUUCCGCGGUGUGCGUGGACGCGUGUUUACACGACGAUAGAAUUCCUCGUCGAAACAGAGACGGAGCUAAGCAGAAGGCAGAGAAGAGCGAAGAGGAGUGGAAGAGACAGAGAGCGAGAACGAAAGGAUCGUUACGUCGAAGUAGAAGCAGCAGCAGCAGCAGCAGCGAGAGGUUAGAAAGGAAGAGGAGUAGGCGCGUUCGCGGUCGUGUUUUAUCGUGAAGACGACUGAAAUUUUACAAGUGGCACGCUGUCGCGUUAUCGGAGUAACGCGACGACGACGACGACGAGUCGGAGUCGAACAACGAACAGACGUCGAAAGCACGACGCACACCGUCCAGAAUAGGAGCCACGAAGGGCACGGAGGAAAGAGAAAACGCGUUCUAUCGCCUUGGUGGUUCGGGGCGUGGGUGCGGAGAUCGCGAAUCUCUUGGGCGAAACGUUUGCCGUGAGGAAAGUGAGAGGACCGAGAGGAGAAAGAGGUAGGGAGCGAGAAAGAGAAAUGAUCGGCAACGGAACGGAUCCGUCGCGAGUCAGCUUUUCCUUCGCCCGGGCAUCUUAAGGAGAACGAGCGGUGUACAACGCGGAAGAGGAGAAACUCGAAGAAGAAAGUUUUUAUUCACCGUAUACGUUCAGCCAAGAGAUCUUCUUCUCGGUGGUCACGUGUACUUACUGGCCCGCGUGCGGCUGAAAAUCGUGAGAGCGCGGACUCUCGUGAAGCAGGUAAACGGGCUUUCACGGUCUCGUUCGAAAAGUAGUGGAACGAACCGGGAGAGACGGUGGAUUCGAGCGCGAGAUUGGUCUGGUCGUUGCCGCAGCCGCCGCCGCCGCCACCGUCAUCGUCGGAAACUAGCGAUCGGCGAGAGAAAACCGGCGCAUCGAGAACGGUUCGUAGGGAAUCGUCAAGCGGAACGUUGGAUAUCCUGGAGGAAGAUGAAGAUGGUAAGGACGAUCGUGAGCGGUAAACGGAGGACGAGCAGCUCGAGAGGACUCGAUUGAAUCCAUUCGGUGUACACGGCAGCAGCCGUCGCUGCCGGCACCGGUCCUUAACCGGGGUGAUCCCUCGGUUCUGUGUCGCAACGAGGAUUGCUCGUUCGUUAACCGUUCCGGUGACGGUGACAGUGUCAGUGAGUGGUGUCGGUGGCGAGGAUAGUUGGUCUAGCGAGGUGGCGGCGCGCGCGAUCUACGGCCCGCGUUAUCCCGCCGACGGCUCGCGUCACCGUCCUCCUCUCCUAACUUUCCUUCCUCUCGUUUUCCGAGCUGAACCCGCUGUCGACCAAAGAACUACGGUAAAGAUUUCGAGAAUUCCGUGCUGUUGAGCGCGACGUAACUCGAUUCGAGGAAAAAAGUUCGAGAAACGAUCGACGAAAAUGCAGGUGGCAACGUUGUUUAGAGAGAGCGCCACUCUGCUGGGUGCCUCUAGCCUGGAUCCCCCGCAAACUCAUCAUCAUCAGGCUAUGCACCAACAACAACAACAACUGCAACAACAGCAGCAGCAGCAGCAGCAGCAGCAGCAGCAGCAACAACAACAGCAACAGCAACAGCUUCAACAACACCCUGCCGAUCUGCAUUUGGCACACCACAUGCAACACCAUUAUAAAAUGUCGUAUCCAUCACCUGUGCAAAACGGAGGACCAAACGGAGCGACGAUGAAUUGCAGCGGGUCUCAAGGGGUGAUGGUAAAGCAGGAAGCGAGGGAUGACGGUUACGAGACAAGUCCGGACCUCGAGAUGAGGAGCACCGGCGGUGACAGCAGUCAGCAGUACCACACGCCGCUGACACCGCACACACCGCACACGCCGCACACGCCGCACACACCCCUCACCCCGAUAUCGGCGACAGCGCAUCAACCCCAGCAACCUGGCUCGACCGCUUCCACCCUCGGACAGGUGGCGAUCAAGUGCGAGACCCCGGUGGAUCCGUAUUCGUUCGUCGACGAGGAAAUGUCGAUGGGUGGAAUGAGGACGGCCAACAGCCCGGCUGCUGGGAACCCGGAGAACAUGACGUGUCCGUCCGGGGCGCAACCGAGCCUGGCUACACCUACGUCCACCCCGCCUGGACCUCUCUCUGGACCGCAACACCUUCAGAUGAACCUCGGCGUGAUGAACGGCAACGUGAACCCCCAAUUGGCCGUCCAUCAGCCAAAAAAACGAGGCCGCAAAAGAAAAUCCGAAAUGAUUCUCACACCGGAAGAGGCGGAAUUAGCGGAGGCGAAGAAACGAGCAAAAACGUACAAAGAGAGGAAGAAGCACGACAGAUUCGAUGGUAUGCCGGAAGAGGAAGUGAGCAAGCGCGUCCUUCCGGAUCAUCUGACCAACAACCUCGACAUCAUCAUAAUUGGAAUCAACCCGGGACUCUUCGCCGCUUACAAGGGACACCACUACGCCGGGCCAGGCAAUCAUUUCUGGAAGUGUUUACACCUGAGUGGACUGACACCCGAACCACUGACGGCGGAUGACGAUUACAAGCUCUUGCGCUUCGGUAUCGGUUUCACGAACAUGGUGGCUCGCGCCACUAAGGGCAGCGCCGAUUUAACCAGGAAAGAAAUCAAAGAAGGCAGUCAUAUUCUGUUAGAGAAAUUAAGAAAAUACAAACCCAAGAUUGCGGUGUUUAACGGUAAACUAAUUUACGAAGUAUUCUCCGGGAAGAAAGAAUUUGGAUUCGGAAGACAGCCCAAUCUGGUGGACGGUACCAAUACGUACAUGUGGGUGAUGCCAUCGAGCAGCGCGAGAUGCGCGCAACUUCCGCGUGCGGCGGACAAGGUGCCGUAUUACGCGGCGCUAAAAAAGUUCCGCGAUUAUUUGAACGGCACCAUCUCCCAUUUGGACGAAUCUGACAUCGUGUUCGCCGACUCGAAAUUGAAGAAGAAGGAACAAGAGGCGAUCGAAGACAAGAAACCUUCAUUUUGCGACGACCUGAACGAAGGGGAUAGCAGGAUGGGCGAUAUGAACGGAACCGGGAUGAAACACGAUCAGAACUCUCAAAUACCUGGUAAGAAGAAGAGGGGCAGACCGAAGAAAAUAAAGAAUCCGGAAGAUCAACCGCCGCCCGAUCCAGAGAAACUGGAUGCGAAUGGAGAAGUGAUAAAGAAACGUCGCGGACGUCCGAAGAAGAUUCACCAGCAACAGAAACAGCAAGAACGAGAGAUGAGGGAACGAGAACAACAGCAACAACAUCAACAGCAACACCAGGCUCUGGGCCAUUUGGGGGACGGAUACGGCAACGUGAUGCCCAAUUGUUUCUCGCCGCCAAAGACGUUCGCGCACAUGGCGCCUUACCCGCAACCGAUCAACGAUUCUGGAUACUAUGGCCAAGGCAUCAACGACAGUCCGUACAAUAUGAACGCGAAACAGAGUCCGGUCCAUUUGCAACAUUACAGUCAAAGCCCGAAAUCCAUGUCGCUGUCGUUCACUCAUUCGGACCUCUCCUCGGAGAUCAACACCGCGAUCUCGUCGGAAAACAACCUGGAGCCCUCGCCGUUGACUUCUCCGAGCGUCGAACAUCCAGACUUUGAACCGCCUACAAGCAUGUCCCAACAAAACAUGAACAACGAUCAUCGGCAAUACAAUCCGGCUGGAAACGGUGACAACACGGGUCACCACGGCAGCCCGGGAACGCCGUCUCAUCCUAGUUACACAAGUUACAUGGGCUAUCACGAGCAAAACCCCGAUCCUCACAAUCCUCAUCCCCAUCAAACCACCCCGACUCCGUUGAGCCAAACUGCUGACGAACAUUCGCACCAUUCCCAUCCUACUCCCCCGCACACGCAUCCUCACACACCGAACCAUACCUCGAUGUCGCCCCACCAUCAUCCGCACGAACAAUACGGAAUGAAAAGAAACACCGGCCAAGACGUAGCGUCCAAGAGUCUGAGCGACUUGGAAUCUCUAGUCGACCAAAUACCGAGUAUAGCCGACGGUGGUAGCCAACGACUCCAACACUCUCAUUCCGGCAUCAACGACGACGGUUCGCUCGCGGAAAAGAUGGAAGCGCAUCAUCAGUCUUACCUAUCCGGUUUCUCCGGAAUGCCUAACGCGGGUAUGUCAAAUUACAGUCCUCCCCUAGGACCCGGUGGCCCGAUCUACCCUGGUUCGUUGCACCAUUCUCCGAACGACGGUUACGGAUCUCUCUAUACCAUGAACGGACGACAACAUCCGGAUUCCCAACAACAACAACAACAGCAGCAGCAGCAACAACAACAGCAGCAGCAGCAACAUCAACAACAACAGCAGCAGCAACAACAACACAGCAAAUCUUACACGGUUGAAAAUCUAGCGUCUAGCAAUUAUACGCCGAGCAUGAGCCACGGGCAUUCCGGUAACUCGUAUCCAAACAUCAUUCCUAGCCCUCAUUAUCCCGUACCGAUGGGCUCGACGAACGGAUACCUUUUCGGUGGUCUGGAGUCUAGCCUGAUGCAACGCACUUACGGGAUGGGCGGUAUGAGCGGGAUGGGUGGUAUGCACCCAUCCCUAGGUCAUAUGGCCAAUCCUUAUUCCUAUAACGGUUCGUACUCUAGUUCCUUCGACGCGUAUCCGGCACCCCCGGCUGGCAUUCACGCGCCCAGCGCAAAUUAUCCUGGCGGCUACACCAGCGUCGGCAGCAGCACCCCCGGUACAUCAACGCCGCCCUCUUACCUUCCCUCUCAUCACAGGCCGUCGGUCGACCUCGCGUACGACGGUGUAUGAUAAUCGGUGUAAAACUCUAAUCGACACACGCUACGCGAUUCGAGCGCUACGUUUAUCUUUUCUACGUAUUUUUACACGUCUACGGAUCCGCCGGAAUUGUCGUCUUAACGAAACGCUUCUCGAAUGCUUUUUCCCGCGACUCGCUACCAUUUCUCCGCGCCUUCCAUCUUUUCUUUUAUACUUUUCCACUUAUCCCUCCGCCCACCUUACCUUAACCCUCUCUUUCAACCUUUCCUUUACCUUUUACUUUCUUUUCUUUUCUUUUCUUUUCUUUUCUUUUCUUUUCUUUUCUUUUCUUUCUUUUCUGACUCGCUCGAGUAACGAUCGUGCCGCGAGUAGCGACGGGUGCGCGGUUCAAAACCGUGGAAACUGCUAGCGGAAGGCAGAAAAUUUAGUUGGCUUUCGCGUAACGCGUCGAUAAGUAGCAGGGCUGCGGGUCGCAAUGGCAAGCGACGAGCGAUGAAUCUCUCGAUCAACUUUCCCCUCAAAAGAUGAUAUGUACAUUCGAAAAACACGAAUUGCGUUAAAAUAUUUUCCUCGUUGCUUGUCGCUCACCGUUCAUCGUUCUUUGCUCUCCGCUUUCCGCUCUCCACCCUCCACCCUCCGCACUUGGCUCGUCCGGUCGCCCACUUGCUAAUGUAACAUACAUCGACGAGCAUGGAUAGUUCCACGCGAGAGGAAAACACGGUAGGGAAUCCAUCGUUGCUCGCCGAUGUACUCGUGGUCUCAGAAAUUCGCCGCGUUUCGGGUCACCGUUCACCCCCCUGUUCGCGUUGAUCGUCGAUAAGGGGUAGGAAAAAAAAAAAACGAUGUUAAAGUUUUGCUAUUUUGCGUCGUCUCGCAAAAAAACGUUAUUGUUACGCUUUCGUUAUCGUUGAAAUAUAUUUCACUUGUUUCGCUUGACCGGCGAAUACGUGCAAUCUGUUGCCGCUCCAACGGAUCGAUGCGAAAGAACCAGCUUCUCGAACGUAAUUCCUUCGAAUUAUGGUAGAAACAUUCGCGCCCAUGCGUACACACCGCGUAUAUUCGUUAUUUUAUUCCUUUAUAUUUCAUCCGUUUCUCGCGUUGCCGCGUUAACGUUAAGAUUCGUUGUUAACAACCGACGUGCUCGUCUUGAAUCAGUUGAAUCGCGCAAAAUUUGUAUUCCUACACUUUCCGUAAGUUACAACCAGUGUUUCCAGUUAACGAAGCAACAAAUGCAGUUAUUGUAUUACACUGUAACGUUACGUUGUCAAAGCGAUAACGCAUAUACGCGUGUGCACGCAAUUCAUUGCAAACUGUGCGUAUGUUUUAACGCGAAUCUAGUCAAUUCGAUUCGUUGAAUCGUGGCCGUUUAUCGCAAUCGACCGAGUAAUUUUAUGUACUAAUAAAGUGAAAAAAAAAAAAGAAAACACACACAAAUCGAUAGAAAUAUCGAAUUUCGCGUGGUUUCCCUUCCGUUUGAACGUAAAAGAGGCUACAUCAUGAUUGACACAGCAUCGCGUCGUUACGUAGAAAUUUCUUGCCGAACAAACUGAGCCACGCGCAAUUAACGCGUCCACUGUCAUAAGGGUCUAAUUACUUUCAUUCGAACAAAAAAAAAGAAAAGGUGUGAAAUACUGAUGUGACAGUGAACGCGUUAAGAAGCUUCUCGCCUAUAUAAUUUGCAAGUUUGCCUCGAUUCGAAACGCGUAAAUUAAUUAUAAUCGGCAUCGAUGCUUCUGAUACACGGGAUAAGUAAACCUCUCUUCUUUACGAGAAACGAGGUUUCUCGUCUCGUAACGUUUUCGAUGGAAACGCGAGAUGCGAGAGGAGAGAAGAGAUUAGAGACGUUUGAAGCGUACAGAGCGAAACGGAAGAGAGAUAGGUCGCGAAGAAAAGCUCGAUAGUCGAUUCGAUAGGCAUAUCCUCGCUUUCGUACCUCGCACUCGCCAUACAUACACAGCCAUACUCGUUCCUCGUUGCGAUAAAUUUUCUGUAUCGGUUGAAAUCGUUGACUCUCGACGUCGCUGUGAAAUGUCAUAGGUUACCGUAAUUUUUAUCGUUAUCGCGUUACGUUGUCUCGUUAAUUGUAUUUCAUCGUCGUGUUUCGAGCAAUCGAGGAUCACCAAUGUUUAUCGAUACACGAUCGCGAACAGUCGAUGUAGAUGUAUGCCAUUAACCGACAUCCUCUUUUGUCGCUAAUCGACGCUGUAAAAUUACGCAUCUGGCAUGAUUCUAUACAAAAUCGAAAUGAAUAUAAAGUGCACGCGUACUCGUAGACGAAAAAGAAGAAAAAGAAGAGAAAAAAAAAAAUGAAGAAGGAUAUCGGUGUACGCGUACGCGGCCACCUUAUAUUUACGGAAUAUACAUAAAGUAUAAAUAUUAUAUAUUGACUAUCUACGAUAAACGAGAAAAACAUUUAUCGAGUAAUCGCAUAGGAUGUGUUGAAACAUUUAAAAUGAUGCACAGGGUAUAGAUGAAGAAAAUCGUUGAUAUAAUAACUGAUGUCUAUAUAAUGAAUGUUUCUUUUGUUCUAUCGGCCUCAAGGACACAAACGCGCGUACGAUCGACAAUUAAUCUAUAGUAGAUGUUUUCCAGAAUUCAUUUCGACUCAAAACGGACAGUUAUAGCGUAAGUGUGCUCGGUGUUAAUCGUUCGUCGAUAAUAAAAUGAAAUGGAUAGAAAUGAACAGAAACGAACAGAAAGGAAUAGAAAACGAAGAACAGUGAAAGAAAGAAAGAAAGAAAGAAAGAAAGAAAGAUAAAAAUGAAAGCAAGGAAACGGAUACGAACGCAUGCCAGCCGUGUCGAAACGGAACCAAGCAUCGCUAUCAAUUAACCGAACACUCGGAUUAAUCGAAUUAACCGAUUGUACAUUGAUCGCUAAGGUUUAAAUAUUAAGUAUAAAUAUAUUAUACAGAUUUAAGUGGUUUCGCUGUUGAUCGGAUGUAUCGGAAUAAAGAAGAAUGAUAAA